UUGUAGUCCUUCCCAAGUGCCUCCUAAAAAUGAAGGAGCUGCUCUCUGUGUUACAGGCUUUGAUGAGGAAUCCCAGGGAGAGAAUGAGUGAGAGAAAAAGAUGACAUCUGUGCGGACCAAGCAGAAUCUGAAGAUUACUUCUGCGAAAACAGAAGAAAGCAGGAGAACACUUAACAGUUAAAGAUGACAGAAGGCAGGCACUGCCAGGUGCACCUCCUGGAUGACAGGAGGCUGGAGCUGCUGGUUCAGCCCAAACUUUUAUCAAGGGAAUUGCUGGACCUUGUGGCUUCGCAUUUCAACCUGAAAGAAAAGGAGUAUUUUGGAAUAACAUUCGUAGAUGACACAGGUCAGCAGAACUGGCUGCAGUUAGAUCACCGCGUUCUCGACCAUGAUUUGCCCAAGAAGCCAGGCCCAGCAGUUUUGCAUUUUGCUGUCAGGUUUUACAUCGAAAGCAUAUCAUUUCUAAAGGAGAAAACCACGGUGGAGCUGUUUUUCCUGAAUGCAAAGACCUGUGUGCACAAGAACUGUGAUACCGUGGUGUGUGCUGCAGACAGCCUGUACCAGCUCUUCAGAGCCAAAUCUCUCGUCUCUUUCCAGUCCAGUGGCUUGGACUCAGCUAUGAUGGAAAUAACCAGCAAGGGCUGUCAAUCAGAGCUCCCUCCCUCCACCCAGCUUUCGCACUGUGGAAUGUCUGCAUUUGCCUAUUGUAGGGGUCAAAUAGAAGUGGACAGCGAGACCAUCUUCAAGUUAGCAGCCCUUGUUUUGCAGGAAGCCAAGGGAGAUUACACCAGUGAUGAAAAUGCUAGGAAAGAUUUAAAGACAUUGCCAGCCUUCCCGACGAAAACUCUUCAGGAGCACCCUUCCCUGGCAUACUGCGAGGACAGGGUGAUCGAGCAUUAUCUGAAAAUCAAAGGUCUGACUCGAGGACAGGCUGUGGUUCAGUACAUGAAAAUAGUAGAAGCUCUGCCAACUUACGGAGUCCAUUACUAUGCAGUGAAGGAUAAACAAGGACUUCCUUGGUGGCUUGGAAUCAGCUAUAAAGGGAUUGGCCAGUACGAUGUGCAGGAUAAGGUGAAGCCUCGGAAGUUAUUCCAAUGGAAGCAACUGGAGAAUUUAUAUUUUCGUGAGAAAAAAUUUGCUGUUGAAGUUCACGAUCCACGAAGGAUUUCGGUGCCUCGGAGAACCUUUGGGCAAAGCGGCCUCUUCGUGCAAACCUGGUAUGCAAACUCUUCUCUCAUCAAGUCCAUCUGGGUGAUGGCCAUUAGCCAGCACCAAUUUUACCUGGACCGGAAGCAGAGCAAAGCAAAAAUCCCAUCAGCCAGGAGUUUAGAUGACAUUGCCAUGGAUCUGACAGACAUAGGGACACGACGGGCAUCGAAGUCGGUGACACUGGAGGCCAAGGGUCAGUUCAUCAUGGCCAGCAACGGCAGCUUAAUAUCCUCAGGUUCCCAAGACUCAGAAGUCAGCGAGGAGCAAAAGCGGGAGAAAAUCCUGGAGCUCAAGAAAAAGGAGAAAGUAUUGCAAGAAAAACUCCUUAAAAAGGUCGAGGAGCUGAAGAAGAUCUGUCUGCGUGAGGCUGAGCUCACAGGUAAAAUGCCGCAGGAGUACCCGCUGAGCAUCGGCGAGAAGCCUCCUCAGGUCAGGAGGCGCGUGGGUACCGCAUUCAAGUUGGACGACAACUUGCUGCGCAGCGAAGAGGAUCCGGCUUUACAAGAACUGGAGAGCAAUUUUCUAAUACAGCAAAAGCUGGUUGAAGCUGCAAAGAAACUUGCCAGUGAGCCGGACCUUUGCAAAACCGUGAAGAAAAAACGAAAGCAAGAUUACGUGGAUGCAAUGAAAAAGCUCCAGGAAAUUGAAAAUGCAAUAAAUGAAUACCGAAUUCGAUGUGGGAAGAAACCCAGCCAGAAAGCAACAGAAGACAUCAUUCCCUCAGAGAGUAGCUCCUUGUCUGACACCGCCUAUGAUGAUGCCAGUGAUGCCUUCAGUCCUGCUGGGCAGCAACCAAGUUCAGUACCCCAUUCUCCAAGAAUUCUUCCCCCCAAGUCUCUCGGUAUUGAGCGGAUCCAUUUCAGAAAGUCAUCCAUCAAUGAACAGCUGGGGGAUACCAGGCAGUCCAGAGAAAUGCUGUCAACACACAGCAGCCCUUACAAAACCCUGGAGAGACGGCCCCAAGGCGGACGGAGCAUGCCCACCACCCCAGUCCUCACCCGCAAUGCCUACAGCAGCAGCCACUUGGAACCUGACUCUGCAUCUCAGCACUGCCGACAGCGGAGUGGGAGCCUUGAGUCCCAGUCCCACCUGCUCUCCGAGAUGGACGAGAAGCCAUUUUUUUCCCUCUCCAAGUCCCAAAGAAGCAGCAGCACUGAGGUCUUGGAUGAUGGGUCUUCCUACACUAGCCAGUCAAGCACAGAGUGCUACUAUGUGACACCUGCUGCUGCUGCUGCACCCUGUUACACCACCCAGACUCUGGACACGCGUGCCAGGGGCCGGAGAAGGUCAAGGAAACAGAACGUUGCUGCUUCCAGUUCAGGAAGCAUGCCCAACCUGGCCCAGAAGGACAACAUGAGGAACGGGGUCUACCCGAAGAGUCAGGAGCCGCCUUCUUACAGUUACUAUGUCUCUGAGUAUGCGCCCUACGCAGAGUGUGACCUGUAUUACAGCGGUGGCUACGUCUAUGAGAAUGACACCGAGGGACAGUACAGUGUCAAUCCUUCCUACCGAUCCUCCACCCACUAUGGAUACGACCGCCCAAGGGACUACAGCAGAUCCUUCCAUGAAGAUGAGGUGGACCGAGUGCCCCACAACCCAUAUGCAACUCUACGGCUGCCCAGGAAGGCUGCUGUGAAAUCUGAGCACAUCACCAAAAACAUCCACAAGGCCUUAGUUGCAGAGCACCUGCGUGGCUGGUACCAGCGGGCCUCUGGGCAUAAAGAUCAGGGCCACAGCCCACAGACAAGCUUUGACUCUGACAGGGGAUCCCAGAGAUGCCUGGGAUUUGCCGGGUUGCAGGUCCCCUGUUCUCCAAGCAGCCGAGCAUCCUCCUACUCUUCAGUGUCAUCUAUAAAUGCUUCUGGGAACUGGAGGACCCAAGUAACAGUAGGACACUGUGACUAUGAGACCCCAGCACAUUCUCCUUACACCAGCUGCUAUGGCAGUGUCUAUAAUGCUUUGUCCUCUCCAAGCAGACCAUACGCAGAGACCAGGCACCCGGACAGCAGUGCAGAUGGAAGCCAGUUGGAGGAUGGCCUGGAGAGUAGUGAGCAGAGGCUCUUCUGGCAUGAAGAUUCGAAGCCUGGAACAUUAGUCUGAACUGCACUUGGGCCUCUGGACCUAGCGCUGCGUUCUCACACUGGCGUGCCUUGCAAAACAAAAUGUACUCGCCUUCCCAGGAGGCUGUUGGCUUUAAGAACCUAAAGGCAUCCCCGGUUGCGUAAAUGACUCACAUUGCCCUAGAAAGGAACCACACACUCAGGCCCAGGAGCCCCUGGGCGAGGAAGUGCCUUUCAAACUCUAGGCGCUAGCCUGACCCCCCCCCCCCCCGUGAAAACCCUGCCGAGAGAGGGCACAAAAAUUAUCAAAGGCAAACCUCCAAGCUGUGAAAGUGCGUAGUGGGGUGGCAGGGGUAGGGGUGGGGUUCCCAUUGGAAAGAAGGGCAGGGGAGAUUUUAGAGCACAAUUCAGAAUGAUGACAGAAGGGAAACCAGAAGCUCCUAAGCCGCAGCUCACGGACAACAAGUUUCAAUUUGUGAGCUCACACAGAAUAGCAUGCUGUUUCUCCACGGACUUGGACCAUUUAGGCAGUAUUGGAAAAUUACUUGAAGAGAAGUCAGAUUUUCAUGAAGUUUUGAAUGAGUGUAAAUGCUUUUUGGAGUUACAAAAAGUGAGGAUUUUCAUAAGCACCGAAAUAGGGGUUCUAGACAGACUUCUUGCGGUAGCACCCUGUAAUAUAACUUUAUGUAGCAGAUUAGGGAAAAGGAAGCAGCCCACUGAAUAAGGGACAAACUCUGCUUGGACUUUUCCCAGGUACCUUAUCCCCGGGCUCCUGCUUUCUUUCUCCACAUCUUGCGUGAUGAGCUGUUACUCAGGCUGGUCACGCUCUUACCUUGGGUUCACUUGAAAUGGUAGAGUUGGUAGAGAAAGUUGUCAUGAUCACAAGUCUGGAAAAGGAUCUUAAGGUGGUACAAAAAGGGGCCCAACAACAACAAAACAAAGCCACGUAAUUGUAAAUGAAUUGUGUGCCUUAAAAUGGUGAACAUUAGAAAAUUCAACAUAAUUUUCUGGAUUCUACAAGUAGUUAUGAGUCACCACGUGAUGUAAACAAGAUUAGCAUUUAAAAAAGACUCCAAGCUGCAGUGGAUUGGAUUAUGAGGCUAACACUACCUCAUACUUUCCUUGGAAAAACUGAUGAGCUAUGGUUUAUUGGAUGGUUUUGUUUCUUGCUUCUUUUUUUUAAGAACAAAUGAUUUCCUUCUUGCGGAUUGGUCUUUGUUGUCUUGACUGCUUUAGAAUUCCAUGAAAGGUGCUCCUUGCCCCAUCCCCUUUUGUACAAGUUUCUUGUUCAUAUUGUGAAUAGAGGUUUCUGAACAACUUUUUUGAACACCAUUUUCUAUCUGUAUUCCAAAGCAUGUAAUAUAUACAUAAAAAUGAUUUGUUAAA